GGACGCACCUCUCCUCCUCUCCUCUCCGGAGCAGCGCGCGGGGCUGAGAUCAAUCUGCCGGGGAGAGAGGGAUGAGGUCCCGGUAGGCAUCCCGGGAGCAGACCACUGGGGAAAUAUGAAUGGAUGGGGGCAAUGUCAUAUGUCCGGACCUCUGAGCGUAUUUAGAGUGGGAGCUGACAGGCCUACACAGCGACGGGACAGAGAAUUAGUUUUUGGAUGAAUGUUUUGCUUCACUCUCUCCACUGUAGGCCAAAUUAAGUUUGAAGUCAACUUCAAAUGUGGUCAGAAAUAUAAAGACUACUUUCGUCUCCUUUGCUUUUUGAGUUGCCACAAAGAGAGAACAGGCUACGUUGCAGAAACUUUUUGCUCUUGGAUUUAAGCCAGAGAUGGAGCCGGAGGAGGGGAAGAUCUCUGUGUGGGUCUGCCGGGAGGAGAAGCUGGUCUCCGGACUGACGAAGCGAACCACCUGCGCCGACGUGGUCAAAGUCCUGUUGGAGGACCAGAACCUGCAGCAGGGCGCCUCUGCAGCUAUGCUGUCCGGCUCCCCGCAGUCCUACUGCGUGGUGGAGAAAUGGAGAGGCUUCGAGAGGAUUUUACCCAACAAGACCAAAAUCCUCCGGCUGUGGAGCGCCUGGGGGGACGAGCAGGAGAAUGUCCGCUUCGUCCUGGUGAAGAACGAGGCUUCACUGCCCAACAACGGGCCUCGCAGCGCCGAGGCUCGGGUGGUCCAGAGCCGGGAGAGCGGCGGUCCGGGCGGGGUGCUCAAGGGCACCGCCAAGACCUGCUGGACCGCCGCGGCCGCUGCCGCUAACCUGUCCCAGGAGAAACAGAGGCGCAUAGUCAGGAAGGCUUUCAGGAAGCUGGAUAAGAUGAACAAAAAGAAAGAGCAGACUGUUUCUAAAGAUAAGGGCUCUGUGGAGAAGAUGGAGACGCUGGUUCACCUGGUGAUCUCCCAGGACCACACCAUCCGCCAGCAGAUCCAGAGGAUCAAGGAGCUGGACCGGGAGAUCGAGCGGUACGAGGCCAAAGUGCACUUCGACCGCAUCAAGAGACACGGAGUAAACUAUGUGCAGGACACAUACAUGGUGGACUCCUCCUCGGAGGGUUCCGCUCCUUCGGACUGUAAGCGCAAAGCGGAGCGGCAGGACACGCGGUGCACAGCUGAGGCGCUCGCGCAGUUCGAGGAGUACGCGCGCCGGUGUGAGGAGGUGGUGCGGCUGCAGGAGGAGCUGACGGAGCGCGAGGCGCUCGUGGAGAGCAUCACCGGGGAGAUCCAGGAGGAGCUCAACCGACGGUGGAUGAAGCGGCGGCGGGAGGAGAGAGGAGCGGAGGCGGCGAAGGACACAGACAGCGUCGCGGAGGAGGUGUGUCUGGCCGCGUCUGCCGCUCCAGCUGUGGAACCAGAUGUGGAAAGUUUGUCCGAGAACGAGCUCUCUCUGGAGGAGGAGAGGAUCAAAACGCAGCUGGACACCAGUCUGUACAUCGGCCUGCGGCUGAAGACAGACCUGGACGCCAUCAGGGGAGACUUGGACCUGAGUCUGGCGCUCUGGGAGACCAAGGAGAGUGAACUUCUGGACUUACUGGCCAAAGUUGAGACCAUGGAGAUAGAGCAGGUGAACACCAAACUGACUGAUAAUACUAAGGCAGAGCUGGGUGCAGUGAGCACUGAGGCUGAGCCAGCAUCAGCAGAGAAGAGCAGCGGCUGGGUGGAGCAGGCCAGAGGUCUGUCCAAGGCCUGCAAUACAAACGACGAGGACUCAGACACAGGGCUGAGCUCCAUGCACAGCCAGGACUCUGACAACCCACCAGUGUGCGAGUCACUGGUAUAGACUCACUUUGUUUGGAAGCAUGUUGGACUUCUAUGCAAUUCAAAGCCACAAACUCAGGGGCAGAGAAUCAGUAUUGGCAAUACUGGGAGAUGUUCUUCCUUACUCAAAAUGCACCUCAGUACGGGCACUGUAAUUCUAUAGCAAUAAUUCCUAUAUGUAGUUGCACAAUAAGCUAAGAGGGACAGCAUGCGUAGAGAGGUUUGCUAAGCCAUGCUGAUCCAUAGCUGACCUUUGACCUCCAGGAGGAGAGUCAACAAAGUACCACGUAUUAAGAGGGAUAGCCUAGAGGAGUAUUAUAAUAAGCCACUUAUAAUCUGUAGUCUUUAAUGGUAAACUAAGGCAUUCUUGAUCACAGGUUUACAGUUAACAACAGCUUGCUUUUUGGCAGGAUGCAGUCUGACUUUUUGCUGAAGCAACCAAAAAGUAAGGCUGAGUGUUAUUUUAUAGACACUCUGAACAGACAGGUUUCCUUUAAAAGGUGAUUGUAAAGUGUACCUUAAUGCACAGUAAAGUACAGUUAGGUCAGCUAUGAAAGCUCUUUCAAUAAAACCAAUGCACGGUAAAGGUGGAUUGGUUCAGUUCAGUUCAUUACUAUCCAAACACUAUUUAAAAAAAAGAAAAGACAACUACAGACUUUAAGAAUUUCAGUUGUAACACUGAUCCCUGGAGUAGAUCACUUGAUAUUGUCCUCAGUAGAAACAGUGUCUGUCUUUAAAGCACAAAAAGUCAUCUACUCUCUGUGGUCAACUUUUACAGGUUGGAUUUAAACGUGAAACAUUUGAUUCUUUUUUUUUGUCGACACAGCUCUUCUCUGGCUGUUUCAUUGUCUUUAAAGCGGUGGUUCUCAAUCUUAUUUGGCUUAUGACCCUUCAAAACAAGUCAACUCGUAACCCCUCAUCAAAAGUUACAUAUUUCUAUGAGCUGUGAGCUUUUCAAGCAAGCUGAGAUUUUUACCUGCUCAGUUUGUUUAACUAGAAAAAUUAUAGAAGCCUGAAUAGGUCAGAAAAAGGAAAAAAUAAACAUAAUUUUGUUCUUUUCAAACAUGUUCAUUGUCUUAUGCUUACUCAGAUUUAUCUUUUGGCCACCUUUGGGUGGGUCCCGAACUCCCAGUUGGGAACCACUGGUUUAAAGCAGGUAAAAAGUCGAUUCAGUGUGGUAUCUUCCUGGUGAAAUGGCCAUAGAGAGUUGAGGACUGAGCCAAAACAAAUUCAUUUUGGGCACUUGAUUAAAGGGGUAGCCUACUCCAGCAAUUUAAUAUUUCACUUCAAUUAAUGUGGAGGACUCCCAAGAGACAGAUUAAAAAAUAAAGGUCGAAAUUGAAGCAGCAGUGACCGAGACUGAUUUUUAGCCCCCAUAAGGUUCAAGAUUCAAAAACACUGGAUCAUACAUUGAUUUCCCAUAAUGCAACUGGGUCUUUAAUUAGACCCUCCAGCCUGCUUAAAGCAGAACUUAACAUGGGCUUUCUGUUAAAACAUUUAGUUUCAAGUCAGAGCUUUAGAUAAACACAGAUUAUAUUGUUAUUUUUUCAAAUGUUGGAGCGCUCCCUCCAGAGCAACAGAAUAUAUUAUACAUCUGUUUAUAAAGGUUGUGUAGUACUCCUCGUGACAGGUGAACUGAACUUAAUGUGUAAAAUUAGUGUACUGCCCCUUUCAAUCGUUGCAUUGAUUGUUGUUCUGGCAUUAGUUUGGCUCUUUUGAUGACAGCUUGUUUCCCUGAAAAGCACCUUAGUCAUCCAUAAACAAUUUAAGCAGACAAGAAAAACCCCAUGUUUACAUCAAGGCUCAAGUCAAGGAAUUAUUUCCUCUAUCAGAAUGAGGCUUUAUGACAUGAUACAAGUUAUUGUGUAACAAAAACAAGCACACCAGGAAUAUAAACGUGAGUCUGUACAUUAGAUAUCUACAAUGUAGUAGACUGUGGUUCAGAUUUUAUGUUUCUUGUCUAAUUAACAUAUUUAUACUAAACAUCUAUGGCUCUAUGGCCAGAGAGUCCAAAAACAUGUGAAAUUUUCAUCGUUACACUUACAAACACAUCCUUUUUAUUUCUGAACGACGUUGCCAGGCCUGCAUGUUUCGUUCCAUCUGUGAGAACACCUGUAAGAUUGGAUUGUAAAAUGCUUUUGGGAGAAACGACCCCAUUCCACAAUCCUACAGUCCCUGCAUCUCUGAACGCUGUGACAUUAAGGGGAACUAUUUUAAGACUCAGUUCACUUUAUACAUCCAGGAUAUAGUUGCUGCAACGCAGUAUUAGCUGUGCUUCCUGGCACAAUCUUCCAGGAACUGCAGACAAUAAGAAAAAGAAAAUUAAACAACAGCUACCCGAAUACAUUAUUUUGAGAUCAUCCUUCAUCUGAAUUACUCUGUAUAUUUGUUGGGCUGUUGUGAUGUCAAAUCUUACAUGGCUGACUUUGUCUAACUGUAAAAUGGUGAGAGUCAAUAACCUUGUACAUGUAACACCUAGAAGAGACUGAUAGCUGUUAGCUGUAUCCAAAUAGGAAAAUGACCUGUGUGUAGCUAAUUUAUGUCGCUUGAACGGGGACAGUUUGGGCUUCUCCGUCAAUGACAUUCAGCCUGCUUUGUCUAGAUAGAUAGCUCUAGAUCAACAACUCUGAGGCUACUGCAAGAGGACUCAGAUGCACUGUGGCUGCAUCCUAACACCAGUCAGCACAUAAUUACACGACUGUUAGUGUUGAAAUAAACAGCAAAACCUA